AUGUCUCAUCUUUCUGACUCACCCAACUCUAUGGCGGUGGACGACCCGGGUGUGCAGUUGCGUUCAGCAGGCAUCUCCAUUACCGAACUUGUGAUGAUGGAAAUUGGCUUUAGCCUCUGUGGAAGCGGCUUUGCCCCAGGACCAAUGGACAGCCUUAUGGACUCCUUUUGGAUAGAUUCAUCCAAAAUCUUGGAGCCUCCUCUUUGUGAACUCAAGCCCACGUCUCCAGGAUCUACAAAGUCAACAAGCAGCUUGGAUUCCUUACUGCAAGGAGCAUCAAAUACUGCAUCGGGCUCAACUCCACCCCUAUCUCCAUGGCCAAAAGAUAUAGAGGAGCGUCUGCUUCCAGCUUCACCUGAAAGGAAAGGAAGUAAUUUCGGAGAUCCUGUGAACAGCUUGUGGCAAAGUGAUGUGACUUGCGAAUGUCAUUUAUCAUCGUCAGCAUUACCAUCGCCACCAACCCUUCCAGACCAAAAUCAAACCAAGAAGACUGUACUUCUAGGCACUGACUUGCUUCAGGGUUUUGAUGCGAAUGAGGCUACUUCAACAUCUGAUGGAUUAGAAGAACAACUUGCCAGUGCUGACAAUGCCUGGACGGCUGCAUUAGAAUUAUCAGGUGAGGCUUAUAUGAUCAUAAUGGCAACAUCAAGACUGGUUAGCCAUGCUUUACAAAACGAUUACUCCAUCAGUGACCAGACAAUCAAGGUUAAUAAUUGCGGAAUUAAUUCGGAUCCUGAAAGCACAGAGACCGGUUCCGAAGGUGAAGAUAAUCUUAGCAAGGGAGCGUCACCGCAGCGAAACCGCAGUCGUGUGUUCAUUGAAGGACGUAUAGAAGUUGUGGAGGACCUUUGCUCUUCUGAUCUUGAUGACAGCGAUGAAGAAGAUGUUGGUCGAUCUCCUACAAAGAAGGCAGCAUUAACCUCUCCUUUAUUGUCCACAUCCACUCAGACUCUGCGGCAUUCCCAGUCGUCAAAAAUUGAUUACACAGAGCCUUGGUGGCCGCAGAGAUCCAGUUCGGUGUUCCAACGCCUUAAUGCUCGGGAAUUUGAUGUUGGUGGCGGUGGUAUUGGACGUAGUCGAAGGCAGCUGGAGUUGUGGGAAUUUAUCCUGCGCUCUCUCGAUGCGAGACCGGCCAAUGAUACGGGGUCAGCCUUCAAGUGGGUCAACCGAUCAGUCGGAGUGUUUCGUGUGACAGACACGCAGAAGGCGGCCAAAGAAUGGGGCCUUUAUCGCGGCAAUGAAAGAAUGGACUACGAGAAGAUGGCUCGUGCUAUGCGAGACUUUGCACAGGUUCUUGAUUACGUAUUUUGUAGGUUCUACUAUAAGGAAUGCGUGCUUCGGAAGGCUAGCAAACAGUUGCAUUUCCAAUUUUCAAUGCCAUUUGUCUCGUGGUCUCAACGGCAUAAUUCCUGCGAAAGUUUUUCCACUGCAGCGUCGUGA